AUGAUCGAGCUUGCUCCACCAUACGUGGACACUGAACUCGAUGCAAAGAAUCGGGACACGCUUGUCGGGAUGCAGGGUGGUGAGGGUAAAGCCGUGAAGCCUAUGCCAUUGAAGGAGUAUAUGGAGGCCACGACAGCUGCGCUUGAAAAGGGUGGAGACAAGGAGAUCGCGACUGGGUUCUCAGCUAUGGGUGUCAAUGCUUGGAGAGGUGCAUUCCAGCCCAUUCUUGACCAGUUUGGAUUUUUGGGAUAA